CUUGACGACAUUCAAUUUAUCAUGCCGCCGAAAGUUAGUGGAAAAGCAGUGAAGAAAGCUGGUAAAGCACAAAAAAAUAUUAGUAAAGCUGACAAGAAAAAAAAAAGAAGAAGAAAGGAAAGCUACGCUAUUUACAUUUAUAAAGUGCUUAAACAAGUGCAUCCUGAUACUGGUAUAUCCAGCAAAGCAAUGAGUAUCAUGAACAGUUUUGUGAAUGAUGUUUUCGAACGGAUUGCAGCAGAAGCAUCAAGAUUAGCACAUUACAAUAAACGAUCUACCAUUACUUCUCGCGAAAUUCAAACUGCUGUAAGACUUUUAUUACCUGGUGAAUUAGCAAAACACGCAGUCAGUGAAGGUACUAAAGCAGUUACCAAGUACACCAGCUCAAAAUAAACAUCUUGUUGUUUAAAAAAAAAAAACGGUCCUUUUCAGGACCAACAAAUUUUAAUUACGUGGAACAUUUUAA